GCAAUAUUGGUCAGCUUGAUUCUGUCAUAUUGCCUCCAAGAAUGACUGGGAUAGAAUCAAGCAUACUAAAGUUUAGACAUAUAGCUCUUAUUGCAAAGUGGAUUGAUCGAAAGGAGGGUAAUCAAUUAGGUGGUUGGAUGUCUGCCGCUGCUCCACCUUGGUCUCCACAUCGUCGAAGACCUUCAUUAAAUAUCACUCGAUCUACAUACGAUGUUGGUCCUUAUCAAAGUAGUCAUGAUAGUUUUCUAUUUUCUCUUGGUGAUGGAAAAAAUCUUGAGAAUGCAAAGCUCAGUCGUGUCUCUCCAGAAAACGCUUCUUUUGCUGUAUUUUCUUCUCAAUAUCAUGGUCCUUGUUUUGGACAAACCGAUUUGAGAAUGAAUGAUAAUUUUAACUCUCCUUCAAAGUGUACUUGCCAACGAUACGAUUAUGAAACUGAAAUUUGCGAGCUUCAAAAUUUCUCUGUCGAGGAAUAUGAAGUUUUUCAAGUAGUCGACAAAAAUGCAUCAACAUCUUCACAAUCACCAUCUGAUCAGUCGUAUCCAGCUUCAACUAUGCAUCCUCCAAGACCAGAGUUUACAAAUUAUCCAACAUCUUGGUAA